AUGUAAUUAAAUACCAAGUAGUUAGACUCAAUGAUUCUACGUACCCCCGCUCGGAUGAGAUCCUCGCUGGAACUGCCACGAUGACUAUCGGUGAACCCCAAAAUAACCGUCUCUCAAUGAUGAAAUGCUUACCAGAGGCAACUCUACUACCGAAAUCAUUAGACUCAGGGUACUAUACACCGAGCUUGGAUGAAGUGAAAGCUAAGCGAUCACUGUUAAGUGUUGCCGGUGAAGAAGAUGACCACAGUUCCGUAAUAGCAGACGGGUCAUUCCCUCGUUCGACAAUUGAUGACAUUCUACCGCCAGAUCACGAUCCAGAUAAGCAUGUGUCACCACAGCUGGCUGCGUAUUUAUCAUCGAAGUACGUUGCUGAAAGCCGUGAUGCUUAUGUGGACGCUUUACGACUGGGUGACACAAAGGGAGGGAUGCAGGCGCUGGAGGCUGGGUUGGGCAAGCUCGAAAAGAUAUGCCGUUACGAUGCCGGCGUCGCUGGUAUAGCAGGUCGUAUCGAGGUUCUUGGAAGCCUUGAACGGCCUGACGAAGCUCGAGCUUUGUUAUACAGCCUUCGCGCCGCUAUCAAGAAUCCUUCAGUCGGAACACCCCGGCUAAAUAUACAACACACGCCACCCUAUAUCAAAGAUUAUUUUGAAGACUCGCAGAGGGAGAACCAGGAUGCCCUAUAUGAAGAAGAUUAUAGGAAUGCUCAUAUAAUGCUAGAUGCGGCAACUUGGUCAGAAGACUGGGAGUUGGCGGCGCAAGAAGCAGAAAGGCUACAGCUCGAUAGAACAAUAUUCGAAGAGUACCGUCUGAAGAGCCCUGAACGAAGGUUUCAAAGAGCACGCGAUCUCUUAAACAUUGGUCUCCAGCAUGAACAUCGUGGAUACGCCGCCACAAACGAUGCCCGCUUCGAACACCUUGGAGAAGCACUGAAGAUAUACUCCCGAGGUUGCGAAGAGACAGAGAUACACCAUAGUUAUAUAGAACUUCCACAGGCACGACUCACAUCGCAUGACCAUAUCGACUGCUCGAACUUGUUCUUUUCCGCAAGUCGCAUCUGCACCUACUUUGAUCGGCACCAACUUAUUAUCCUACCGACGGACUUCCCUUGUAUCCCAGCUCUGACGGAGCAGGAUUGGGCCCGGCAAGCUUUGUAUUUCCUAGAGAGAGGCAAAGCUCGAGCACUCUUGCGUAGCAUUGAGCGAUAUAGUGAAGCUACGGUAUCGGAGCAAAAUAAGUUGACUCUGAAAGAUGUUGCGUGGGAGGUGCGACAUAUGGUAUCUUCUGGAGAACAGAGAAGUUCUAUCGAGAGUUCGAAGUCCAGCAGUUCACGAAAAUUACCGGAAAGUGCUAUAAUGGAGAGAUUGCGCAUACGACUAGCUUGGCGAAGUACAAUGAUGGGGGCGCAAUCGUUGGCGACAGGUCGUGUAUCUCGAUGGUGGGAGGCCGGACUCAAUGAGAUACUUGAAGCAAUACCUGACGACAUCGCCAUCAUAGAGUACGGACUAGUACAGGGCAAAAGCCCUGGGCUCCUAUCGUUUCUCAUCACAUCAGAUGGAGUCAGCCCUCAGUGGAAAGCCAUGCGCACGACGUGCAUAUUGGACAAUAUCAAUAAACUAAAGGAUCUGAUUGAGUCUGCACAAAAUAUGCCUCUGGACAAGCGGGAAAGACGUCUCGGAACGCAGAUAUCUGACACAGUCAGAUACCUCUCAGCGGAGCUGCUAUCCCAAUUUCUUCCAGAGCUUCGGGAUAAGCCACGACUUUUCGUGGUGCCUUCGGGAGCUCUAGCUCAUAUACCAUGGGCCUUGCUUUUUCAAUCUCUAGAGUUGCCAACUCCAGCCCAUUCUUUAUCUUUGGUGCCUAGCCUUCGUAUAUGGUACGGACUUCACAAACUCUCCCAAAGCAAACAAUCCGUAAGAGAAGAAGCGCAGCCGCCGCUAGCAACAGUCAUCUGCAACUCACCCCGGCGUCCUGAUGGCUCAGACCGAGACAUAAAGUUUUCACGCAUUGAAGCAUUGUACCUCGCACGCCGUCAUCACACAUGGCCAAUGCUGGCUGAUCUGACGAGUCGAGAGACUUUCGAGCUCCAAUGCCAACAGUCCAGUAUCAUCCAUCUCAGUUCCCAUGGAUAUUUCAACGAAGAAUCGCCGAUGCAUUCGAAUGUAGACCUAUUCCAGGAGUCAAUCACGCCACUUGAUCUCUCCAGGCUAGCUAUAACAGCGAGAUUAGUUGUCUUCAGCAGUUGCCUUUCAGCAUACUCUCGUGUCUUCGACUCAGGAACAGCUCUGAGUUUCGCUCACGCGCUGCUUGGCAGUGGUGCUUGCGCCUUUAUCGGAACACUUUGGGUGACGGGGGAUGUGGCUAGCCUCGUCUUCAUGGUAUUAUUUUACAAGGCGAUGAUUGAAGGGCUCACGCCAAGCGGCGCCUUAGCUGAGGCACAAUUUCGCAUGCGGAACUUCACUGAGAUGGAUAAGAGCCGUCUUGUUGACGAUAUUCUGCUUCUGUUUAAUCAAGAGGCUAGGAAAACGGGUGGCAUCGCCACGAUGGAGCAAUAUGUUUUGAAUUAUAAAUACUGGAUUGAUCACCAGCUGAGAAGGUAUGAUAUUGCCGAUUUGCGAAGUCCCUGGUCGUGGGCUGGGUUUGUUUUAAUUGGAUAUGGCGAAUGCCAUGCAUACCCUUCUCAUUCUUGCUGAAGGUGUCUCGUUUAUAUCUAUACCCACCCAUAAGAUUGAUACAUUCAAUUACUUGUAUCUAUCUCUUCUCACAUCCGCCGCACUGUUACUAUGAAUACAGGCUUUGCAAGAAAAAUACUUUGCGCUUCUGAAUCACUGUAGGCAAGGUAUGGUUCCAUUCUGUAGCAAUGUAGAUAUGUUCACCUCCCUUGUAAAGCACAGAUGGAAUA